AUGAGCUCCUAUCAAGAUCCACGAGAUACCCCAAGCGAGCAAGACGACCCGCGAACCAUUGUGUACGACCCCACCGACCCGUUCUGGCAAGAUACCGAGGACGACAAUGACGACAUGGAUUACUUCCCAGCAGAGGGAGGCAGCGGGGAAGAUGAGAGUGAGGACAUAGAUGGGCAGUUCCACGAUGCGGCAGAGAAUCCUGGCGGAUUCGAGAUAGAGGUCGAAAUAAGCCAAGAGGAAGGCGAUAAUGUCGACGAAGAGGAGGAUGAGGAUGAAGAAGAGGAUGAUGAAGAAGGAGCGGAAGCAUCUGGCGCGACUGCUGCGCAACCGAUAUACAUAUCCCGCGAUCAGAUACUCCAGCUCCUUGGCCGUUCGGGACUUCGACAGUUGUUCGCUGCUGACGACGAUGAUGAGGAUGAAGAUGACGACGACGAUGAUGACAGUGAUUAUACCGAUAGUGGCGAGCGAGCGACUGGCUACGAUCCAGUUGGACCGCGGAGAAAGAGGAAGGAUAGAGGCCGAGCCGCCUUUGAAAAGGUUCCAAGCGACACAGGCAGAGAAUUGAUGGAUACUGGCACAUUUGGCGCGAAUCCUCGAACCGAAGACAGUAUCAAGAGAAAGAAGAGGCUAGCGUACAACGUUUUACAAAGGGAAUUGGGGCUGGGCGGCGACGGAAGACAGAAGAACGCCAGUAGACUUAUGAGACAAGACAUGAUUCCAGAGGGGGUGGCUGAUACCAUCAUCCACUAUAAUGCGCGAUGCUACUCUGGGCAGUUCUCGGACGACGGCAACUUCUUCUUUUCCUGCGCUCAGGACUUCCGCGUGCGUAUGUACGAUACGUCAAAUCCGUACGACUGGAAAUACUACAAAACGGUGGUGUAUCCAUACGGCCAGUGGACGAUCACUGAUGCCUCUCUCAGUCCCGACAAUCGCUUUCUAGCUUAUAGCUCCAUCCGAAGUAUCGUCUGUCUCGCACCUACGGAUCCCAACAACGAGUCUGAACCGCAUCUGCUUGAUUUUGCGAACACCGGGAGUGUCAACCCCCACGGUUUCCAUACGUACUUUGGCAUUUGGUCUAUCCGUUUCUCUGGCGACGGGCGCGAAAUUGUUGCUGGAACAGGCGACAACUCGGUCUAUGUAUAUGAUAUAGAACGGCGCCAGUCUAUAUUGAGGAUACCUGGACACGAAGACGAUGUGAACGCGGUCUGUUUUGGCGAUUCACAAUCACCACACAUCUUGUAUUCCGGAUCCGACGAUACCACAAUCAAGGUUUGGGAUAGACGGAGUAUGGGCGACGGAAGGGAAGCUGGUGUCUUCCUUGGUCAUACCGAGGGGUUGACCUACGUAGACAGCAAGGGCGACGGCCGCUAUGUCCUCAGUAACGGCAAGGACCAGACUGCGAAGCUCUGGGAUCUGAGAAAGAUGAUGAGUAAAGACAAAGCGGACCGCGUAGAUCUCAAUGCGUAUACGACACGAUUUGAGUAUCGAAGCAACGGCUACGACGACAGCGAUUACAGACCCCACCCCUAUGACUGUUCAUUAGUGACGUUCCGCGGGCACAAAGUCUUGAAGACGCUGAUUCGAUGCCACUUCUCACCUCCAGGCAGCACGGAUUCGCGGUAUGUGUAUUCGGGAAGCUACGACGGUUCGGUCUACGUUUGGAACCUCGACGCAACGUUAGCUGGCAAGAUUGAUGUGCUCAAGGCAACCAAGAACUCCAGACCGCGAGAUCCAGACCUCAUGGCCGAGAUGUACGAUUUUCCUCGACGGAAUGGAGGCAGAUGGAGCACGUGCGUGCGCGAUGCAAGUUGGCAUCCAACCGCGCCCGUGGUGGCAGCAACUUCUUGGAACGGGUGGGGAAAUACAUCGGGUACUUGCACAGUGCACACGUGGAAUGAUGGAAUGGAGGAUGAUGAGGCCGAACCUCAAUUAGGCAGACGGGUGAACGCACAGCUACAGCACGACGAACGGCUCUAUAGGAGCAUUGCGACAGGCGGUCGAAGGUACUGGUACGAUGAAUAAGGUCUUCUGCCUGAGGAUCUAGUCAUAGCUCUUGGGAAUGGAAAGGAGCAUUACUUCCAGAUCGACUGCGAAUGCCGAAGAUGUGCCUCGUGAGGAACUAGAAUGGAUAUAUCGAAGCCCAAGGUCCGUAACCCUCCGGAGGCGGGUAUUAUACAACGUGCAAGCGUGUCGAAAUGCGCCAAUGCAACCAGCGUGCGCUCCCUCAGCGCCCUUUGCGCCUGCCUCUGCUGACGAGUGCCCUCCUCUCCUGUGCCCUCGUAGCCCCUAUUCCCAUGUCUAGCCGUUCUGCCGUCGAGUGCGAGAGUAGUCUAUGAGCCGCCGACGAGAAUGUUGUUCACGGGAACUGCGCGAUGGUUAGAAGACAGGUUGCAUGGUUGGCCAA